AUGGAAGAUGGGGGGAGAAAUGAAACACUCUGCAAAGUUUGUGGUGACAAAGCAUCAGGAAAGCAUUAUGGUGUACCAAGUUGCGACGGAUGCCGCGGAUUCUUCAAGCGGUCAAUCCGCAGAUACGCGAGAAACCUAGAUUACGUCUGCAAAGAAAAUGGCCGCUGCAUUGUGGACGUUUCGCGCAGGAAUCAAUGUCAGGCGUGCCGGUUCACGAAAUGUCUUCAAGUCAACAUGAAACGAGAUGCCGUGCAACAUGAAAGAGCGCCAAGAAGCACGUCAUCCUUGGUGGCAGCAGCAAGAAGAACUCCAUCAGCACUCUACCAGGGAGUUCCCCACGUUUAUCAUCCUGGAAGCGCCCCUUAUCAUCCACUUUUGUAUCCAGCCUUUUUUUCUUUCAAGCCCGCCGUGCCAACUUUUAGCCCCAGUGUUGCAACUCACUUCUUGCCACGAACAUCAACAGAACAUUUGGCACCAGCAGCCAAAGAAGAUGAAGUUACAAGUUCAGAGGAAGCUGGAAAAGUUGAAGAUCGAAUGGACCUGAAAAAACGUGAGUUAACGCGUCUUGUACCUCCAAUCUUGGGAUCGACGAUACCUGAAAAUGCAAUUCCGAGUUUAUCCAUGUUACCAACUGAAAAUGUCUACGAGCUUGCAGCGAAGUUACUAUUCUUAGCAGUUAAAUGGCCCAGAAGUAUUUCUUCCUUCCUUCAACUAUCAUAUAGAGACCAGGCAAUACUGAUCGAGGAAUCCUGGAGCGAAUUAUUUGUUCUUACGGCUGCUCAAUGGAAUUUUCCAGUCGAAGAAUCUGCAUUAAUUCCAGUUGAUUUUCCAGCAGACAGAAAACAAAUUCUCAUUGAUGAAACUAGAAGGCUCAAAGAAUUGCUGGCAAGAUGUGCAAUGCUGAGAAUUGAUCAUUCUGAGUUUGCUUGUUUGAAAGCUAUAGUACUCUUCAAAGGAGAAUCUCGAGGACUCUGUGAAGCAGCUAGAGUUACCGCAUUGCAAGAGCAAACAGUUGCCGUACUUUGCGAUCGAGGUGCCGGUAGAGUAGGCCAACUGCUACUUCUUUUACCACCUGCUCGAGCCCUUUAUCGAAGUACUCUGCACGAAUUGCUCUUUAAACCGACUGUUGGUGAUGUCAGUGUCGAAAGGUUACUCGAAGAUAUGGUUCGCACAUCACGGCCAAAUUAA